AUGUUCUCCUACAGUCCUUUACACCAGGAUCACUCGGAAGUCAGGCUCGUUCGCUUCAGCCAGAAUGACAGCCCCUCAUCGUCACUGAUUCAACUCGAGAUUCGCCACACAUUUUUAGAGGACGCAGAUGCAACUCAUUACGCGGCUCUAUCGUACACCUGUGGAGACGUUGACGAACUCGCGCCCGUUCUUGUUACUAUCAACGGCGAGUACUUCGUCAUCGGCGACAGCCUCCAUGCGGAGCUACUGCAACUCCGCGAGAAUGGCGUUCGGUCGUGGCUUUGGGUCGAUGCAAUUUGUAUCGCACAAUCUGACGCCGAAGAGAGGACUUGGCACACCAAAAACAUGCGCGCAAUUUAUGGCUGCGCCGAUCUGCUCUAUCUCUGGCUUGGUCCAGGAUGUGACGAGACAGAUAGAGCCAUGGACUUUAUGUGUCGCUUUGGCCCUGGAACAUUGGCUAUCGGCGCUAUGGAUAUGAACAUGGAAAAAUGCACAUCAGUCAAGGACUAUUUCGUGACACUGCUGGAUUUAGGCAGCGAAUAUGAAAUAGUCAGUGACGACGCGACACAAGUUGAACAUCAGCUGGCCAAGUUCAUGGUUAAUCUAGUUAACGAGCCAGGGCUCGGCGUGGUAUCAUCUCCCGAAACUGGAGAGAAGGGUCUGAUUGACGGCAUUGAAAAGAUUACCAUGCACGAGUAUUGGCAUCAGAUCUGGGUCAUUCAAGAAGUCGCUGUGGCAAAAGACACCAUGGUGUUGUGUGGUUCCAAAAGCAUCCCGGUUGAUGCCUUCCAGGCGGUGAUCACGGCGCUGAAAUGGGUUCGCCUUUUAAGCCACUCUACACAAAAUAAUCGGUUUUUGGACGGCCUGUCAGCCAGCUUUCACACGAUCCCAACUUUGGAAAUUCGUCGAAAAUAUCGCCAUGCACAGGAACCGAUAACCAUGCUCGGCAUCCUCUUCCACGACGAUCCUCCUCCCCUUCGCCCGCUCUACUCUGCAUCUGACCCUCGGGAUAUUGUAUUUGCAGCGCUUGGAAUUCUUCCUGAGAAUGAAUUUCUAGACCUGGACGUGGACUAUGAAAAAUCACCAGCACAAAUCUUCACUGACUUGACAAGGGCUUUGAUUGCCUUCAGUGAAGGUCAUGUCUCGUCACAGAAUCCGACGCAGCGGUUCCGCCUUAGUCGUCCCAUACCGAGAGCAGAUGAAAAUUCAUGCGAUUUAGCACUGCCUUCAUGGGUUCCUGACUGGCGGGAAGUGGGCCGGCAUGGCUUUGGUGGCAUUGCCGCAGUCUCGGGCAUGGCCACAGCCGGAACGUGGCCGCCGAUACCUGAAACACGGUGUAGCGAAGAAGAUGAUCGACUUCGACGCAUUCGAAGACCCGGGUGCAUUGCAGAUGUCGUUACAGAGGUCUUGCCAAUGAUGCAGUGGGAGCCUGGGAGUGCGUAUAACUACGAGGCGCAUCUUGCUUCAAUUCUCGACUUUGCCAACCUAGGAACAUCCUCGAGCCCAGAGGAGGAUUAUGUGUGGCGUACGAUUGUUAUGGAUCGCUUCGAAGAGUAUUUCGACGUACCGCAAGACUCUGACAUCUCUAGUGAGGAGAUUGCGGGCCUUGCUCGCGUGAUUGUGCGGCGAGAGCCGAUUGACGCCGAGCUCCUGACACCGAAGCAGAGACAGCACAUCGACUAUGUUGCCGAUGAAUGGGGAUUCGAGGCAGAUACCUCUGAGCAGAGAUUACAGCUGGUUGUUAAAAACUGGGAAGGGGGCAUCCUGAGUUGGUUCAGUCGCGGGAGGGCGCUGUUCAAGACCGUCAAGGGCAUGUUUGGCCUUGGCCACGUCGUAGUGCAGCCUGGCGAUGUUGUGGCCUUGCUUUGGGGCCUGGGUUCGCCUGUUGUGUUGCGGCCGCGAAAUGAGAGCUGUGGUGGUGGGUUUACUUAUGUUGGAGAUGCGUAUGUUGAUGGGAUCAUGUAUGGGGAGUUUCUCCAGACAUUGCCAACGCAUGAAGUGUUUGACAUUUAUUGAGCUCGGCAUCAUUAAGGAAAAGGUUGUAGUCUGUUGUUACGUUGGAAAAGUAAUUAAUUGACAAAUAUUUGGUUAUU